AUGGCCUCGACAUCGUCGGCCCCAUUCUCUACCCCGACGCAUUCGCACCCAUUGUCGGUCGAAGAAGCUCCGUCCAGGAACCGUCGAUCUCGCGGUAAGCAGACUCCGGACGACAUCAGGCCCUCUACAGACUACUUUACGCUCAAGGCGCAGCUGGAGAGCAGCGCGGAGCAGCACACAAAACUGAGCAAUGUCAACUGGGAUGGCAGUGUGCGUGGUUACGGGAAGGGCGCGAAGCGCAAGAAUAGCAAGCCCGCGCCGCUCAUCGUGGUUGAGUCUACCAGCGGGCAAUUUGCACCACCCACCUCUGCUACCCUUGACAGUCUGGACUCCCUAGUGGUCGAGAACGUAGAAAAUGGGCUCACUUCGUCCUCCGAGGUCCUGCGGACUCAGUGGCAUGACAUGCCAGAUGACGCUGUAGAAGCUGCACUUACGAGUCUGCAGGAGACAACGCCUCAGUCGAGCAUCCCGAGUCAUCCCCAUCAUUCCGUCAUUCGGGUGCUAUCAUCCGCUGUGCAUAACCUGUCCCGAAUUCGCCGGGAGCUCGAGGAAGAUCGUCGUCUUCUGCGUGAAAAGGAGGCAAGACGACGGGAACGCGCAGAGCACCUCAUCAGAGAGUUGCCUCCGUCUGACAAGGAUGUCGCGAGGCGUGUGCUCCAAUCAUUGUAUCCUGACGACGACGAGGCCAUCCAUCUCGUGCAAAAACGACAUAGUCAACUAUCUCUGUCGGAAUCGCUGACAGAAGCGAUUCAAGACGAUGUGUCUCUUUCGAGAAGUGUACCGGAUGACUUGUCCACGCCUCUGGCCGACUCCAACAUGGGCUCAUCGACAGUGACCGUCAGCGAAUCCUCGGAAGUACCGCCUUCCAAUGGAGAUUCGCUGGCAGCUUCAAUACCUGAGCUAGACCCGCACACAGCGAGCGAAGCACCUACGCUCGAUGGAGACGAGCUUGCAGCAUCUGUCAAAGGAGAUAGACCGGGUCUCGGGGAUUGGAUGGGAACCUGGUGGACCAAGGGAAAGAAGAACGGGCAAUCAUUCACCCCGCCCCGACUCGAAUCAUCGCCGGAUGCCAUCGUCGAAAGCCCGGUAGACACCAUGCUGCCCGCCCCCGAGGAUGUUUCAUCUGCGACCUCAGCUCCGCAAACCCCGAACAAACCUAGCCGCCGCAAGGCUGUCCGGAGCGUCUUUGGCAACCUGGGCUUCUCGAUGCUGAACCCUUCCGUGAACUCGUUGGGCUCGCGGAAGCGCCGCACCACGUCCGUAACGGACGCCCAAGGCUUCGAGCCGCCAACAGACACGAAGUCGGCGAGGAGCGUGCGCUCUGCAGCUUCUUCCCCGUCCAGACCGCCAUCUUUGCUGCCACCGCCUGUUUCAUCCGCCCCUUCCAAAUCUGCGUCGCCAUCCAAUCCACCUUCCAUCAUGUCCGGGGCUUCUCGGACUGCGGCGGACGAACGACCGCCACAGGGGUCGUCCCUGCGGGCCAUCAUACAAGCUACGCGGGUUAUGACUUCAGACCCCGCCAGCAUCCUCGACGACCAAGGCCGCGAGACGAGCCCUCAGAUCGCCCAGAAAGCGUUCGAGCUAGUGCGGGCUGCUCGCGAGGAGGGCCUCAACUUCCGGGAACAGCCCAAGCCGAAGAGAGAGCGCAAACAGGAGAAAAGUGACAGCGGCGACGGCCUGGCUGCACGGGCGACGCUCAGCCCUGGAGGUGAGACAGCACCGCCGCCAGUGCGUGCGUCGACGUCCGGAGAUGUGCGCAGAGCUGCCAAUCGCAGGAAGCCUAGCGUCAAUUUGCCGUCGUUCGCGUCGCCGAUCUUCGGCUCGUUCAUGGCGCAGCAGGACAAGGCGAUAUCCACUGUCGUGAAUGCAGUGCAGAGAGGGUAUCCAUCCGGUGGCACGACACAGGCGGACUCUCAGGCGAAUACGACAACCUCUCCCCGGGUCACGAAGCCAGGUUCUGUACCACUAGAAUCGAUCAUCCCGGUGGACGCGAAGCCGCCUACUCAGUUCCUUUCCCGCACCUAUACACCGCUGACUUCGCGUGACUUCCAUUUCUCCAUUCCACUGCCUGAUGUUGCCUCGGCACUGUCUGUCCCAUAUGACGAGCACAGCCAUGAAGGCAUGACCGACAGAUACGGCUUCAUCUACGACGUAUCGAAGUACGACGUCUUGCUCCUCAUCCGCGCCAAGGAGUCCAGCAACACCGCGCCAGCGUGCUUGACAGGCAUCAAGAUUGCCGACCGCAAGGAGGACAACACCUGGCCGAGCGACGACGGGGUGGUGGAUGACACGGUCGAGGUGGUCAAAGAGGCUUGUGACUGCGAUGGGAUGGGUGACUCAUCCAGCACCCGACCAACGGCGCGAGGAGCACAGUCGUCCCAGGCGGGCAGGAAGCGCGCGGGUACGACCACCGCUGUCGCACCGCCGAGGCCAAAGUCCUCCAUUCUAGUGGCGGACGCGGACACCCCUCGUCAUGUCUGCGCGAACACCAUCCGCGUGCUGAUCGCACAGCUCGUGGAAAUGCACGACCAGCGGCAGACGGCGCAGCGCAGAGAGUGGGACACGUUCGUCAAGCGCAGAGAGAAGUCGCGAAAGUCUACGGGUGGAUCGAUGUCGCGCAUCACGACUGUUGGUGGCGCCGCCGCUCUUCUUGGCCUUGGUACUGCUGUGGAAGAGGACGAGCUCGCACACAGUGGUGGUCUGGUGGGCUUCGCUCAGCUCGGCUUACCGGCGUUCAAGGACGAGAAGAAAGAGUUUGUGCGGCUUGUGCGCAAUGGUAUUCCUCUUGUGUACCGCUCCCAGGCUUGGCUCGAAUGUAGCGGGGGACUAGAGAUGCGAGAGCCUGGCGUGUUCGCCGACUUGCUUGCUGAGGCGGACGAUGGCAGCGGCGUGACUCGCGAGAUCGAGAAAGAUGUGUGCCGAACGAUGCCCCUCAACGUCUUCUUUGGACGUACUGGCGCGGGUGUGGAGAAGCUACGGAGAGUGCUCAUCGCGUACAGCAGACGUAAUCCGGCGGUUGGCUAUUGCCAAGGCAUGAACCUCGUUACGUCUACCCUUCUACUGAUCCACGCCGAUGAGGAAGAAGCUUUCUGGGUGCUUUCCGCGAUCAUCGAGCGGAUAUUACCUGAAGACUUCUUCUCGCCGUCUCUCCUCAGCUCGCGAGCUUGCCCCUUGGUUCUGUUAGAAUAUGUCCAGGACUCGAUGCCGAAGCUCUAUCAUCACCUCAUAGAGCUUGGCGUGGAUCUGCCUGCUAUUUGCUUCUCGUGGUUCCUGUCCCUGUUCACGGAUUGUCUUCCGGUGGAGACUCUGUUCCGAGUAUGGGACAUCUUCCUCGUAGACGGCACAGACGUACUCUUCCGGAUCGCUUUCAGCAUACUUCGCAUGAGCGAACAGGAGCUGCUGCACUGCUCGUCUAUUCCUGCCGUCUAUGUCGCACUAGAGAGUCUGCCAAAUCGGAUGUGGGAAACCGACAAACUACUUCAGUACGAAGCGGAGCUCCGCUCAACUAUGGCCCAUUCGGACCUUCUUCGUAAACGGCAAGCACACACGGAAGAACUAAGGCAAUGCAUGGCAUAA